AUGGCGUCAUCAUUCAACGUAGCCGACCUGGCCGAAUAUAUCGACCUGGACAAGCAGAGCCUAUUGAUCUCAGUAGGGUCAAUCAUCUUCAACCCGCUCUUCUGGAACAUUGUCGCCCGUCAAGAAUACCAUAACAAGAUCCUGACAAGGCUGUUUGGAGGCAAGCCCUACCCGGCCUGCUAUGCCCUCGCCGUGACCAUCUUCUCGCUGGGCCUCGUGCGCGAUUGGCUGUACAAGGUGGCCCUGUCUGAGCAGCCAUCGCACCCGCUUCUGACGACGCUGUACUCGCAGGCUGCCGGGUAUGCGCUGCUUGCUAUCGGCAACAUCCUUGUCGUCUCGUCGACGUGGCGCCUGGGCAUCACCGGCACCUUCUUGGGCGACUACUUUGGCAUUCUGAUGGACGAGAUGGUGACUGGAUUCCCUUUCAAUGUCACGUCGGCACCAAUGUACUGGGGCUCAACGAUGAACUUUUUGGGAACUGCCCUCGUCUUUGGAAAGCCCGCCGGUAUUGCCUUGACCGUGGGCGUGCUCAUUGUGUACAUCAUCGCCCUGCGGUUCGAGGACCCGUUCACUGCUGGGAUUUACGCCAAACGGGAGCGAGAGCGCGAGGCGGCCAAAUCUGGCAAGAAGCAGAAAUAA